CGGUGCCCCUGCCCGGAGGUCCUGGCUUCCGCGUCUCAGGCUCAGCCUCCACCCGGCCCAGGCCUCCGCCCUGCUCUCGCUCCUGCUCCCGCCCCAGCCGCGGCCCUCCGAGUCCGUGGCCAACCGAGCCGCCAGUGAAGCCCGCACAACCGCGGGAACCCGGGCGCAAAGGGGGCCAUGCCGUGCCGGCGGGAGGAGGAAACCGGCGACGAGGCGGAGGGGGAGGAGGACGACAACAGCUUCUUCCUGCUGCAGCAGUCGGUGACUCUGGGCGGCUCUGCCGACGUGGACCGACUCAUCGCCCAGAUCGGCGAGACAUUGCAGCUAAACGCGGCGCACGAUGGCCCGGCCUCGCCAUGUGCUGCCCCGGGCCCCCCGCCCGCGCCCCCGCUGGUCCUGGCGGCUCCACCACCGGUGGACAAAGCCGUGGCCCCAACGAGGCGGCUGCUGCGGAGAGCGGCGUCAGCGGAGGCCGGGGACCCUGCGCCCCCGGGGGCCGUGCGCUGCGUGCUGGGGGAGCGCGAGCGCCUGCGGGGCCGGGCGGCGCCCUACUGUGUGGCGGAGAUCGCCCCGGGCGCCAGCGCGCUGCCCCAGCAGUCCGGCCUUGAGGUACCCCAGGGGAUGGGCAAACUGAGCAUCCCGCAGCCACUCUCCGGCCGAUGCCGGCGGGGUUGGCUCCGGAGCUCAGCCGCGUACCGCCGCCUGCAUCAGCGACGCGGAUCUCAGCCGGAGACCCGCACCGGCGACGACGACCCGCCCAGGCUCCUGCAGCAGCUCGUGCUCUCGGGAAACCUCAUCAAGGAGGCGGUGCGGAGACUUCAUUCGCGAGGGCUACAGCUACACGCAAAGCUUCCCGCACACCCGUUCCUCGGGCCUUUGUCAGCGCCGGCGCACGAGCAGCCUUUGCCUGGGAGCCCUCGCGCAGCCUGCAGCGACCCUGGCGCUGGUGAAGGAGGGCGCAGCUCGGAAUUGGAGACGACCUUCUUCUCCCUGGCAGCUAAUAACGUAGGUGGCCACAGCUCCAACCUGUAGCCGGUGACCAAAGAUUCACCCAAGAUUCACUCAGCCGGGGGCUGGUGGAGGAAAAUAAGCUAAGGAAGACAACCGAAAUAUCGCAGAUUUUUUUAUGAGUAACUGAACUUGAGACCCCAAAUUGUUUGAAACCCAAGACUUAGGUUUUCUAAAACAGAUUCUAUAGAGCGAACCACAGGCUGUCAGCAGGACUGCUUUUUUGGCAUGAUCCAACCUGGUCGCUGUAAUUCCGCGCAGACUCCCCUGACCAAGCGGGCACCACGUGGCCACAGUUCUUGCUCUCAGGAUCGGCACAGCCAGCUAUGGAACGAAGGACAAAGAUCCCCGUUACUUGCUAUACUUUUCAGGACUGCUUCCUGAUCCACUUUGGAAGAGGGGGUAACAAGAGUGGACAUAAUUUUGGGGAGCGCCCCAAAAUGCCUCACUUGAACAUUUUGUGACAGUUAAAAGACCAUCUCAUCUUUUGUGGUGCUGAUUUCAAUGUAAAACAGGAGGUACUAUGAGAAGACCCUCUUGGGGCUGAAUAGAAGUAGCUGUUUUUUCUUUUGUCUGUCCCUCUUUAUUUCAAAGGGUUACUGUUAGCAGAGUGUUGAAGAGAAGCUGUACCCCAUGAGUGUAGGGUGGGAGGCAGCAGUGAGCAGUGUUGGGGGAUGGAAGGGUGUGGCGAAGCACUGAGUGAACCCUCCUGCCUUCAUAAAGUAUAUUUUUAAAAGAGACCCAUCCCUCUUAGAGUUCAAGGUCAGUUUCCUGGGUGUGUUCCUUGUAGUGCGACUCCAGCACAGAACCUAACUGAAUUGCCUUGUUGGGAAAAGCACGAUGUUUUGCAAAUGUUGUAGUUCUCCGAGGAAGCUGCCGCCUUCUCCAGGAGGGGGUGGGGUUGGCUGAUGCUGUGUGUCUGUGCUUCUAGCCGGAGGCCCCCUCCCCUCCCCCCUCCUCUCAGCUUGCAGACAAACUGCUUUGAGACAGAGACUGAGUACCACCACCUUUCCCCCUUGGUUCUGCCGCCCUACUCAAGUGGGGCGAUGCAAGGGGCCAGGGUAGGGGACUGGAGAGGUUCCUCAUAAUGGGCACUCCAGGGACACAGCUUGGGACAGUCUCACACAACCGUGUAUAAUGAGCUCUUGGGGCCAGCUUUGCAGGGAACAGCUGCAGUUCCCUGGAUAGACAGAGUUGAUUUCCUCCCUCUGACCCUCCCCCCAGCUGUGCCAGCUGGCCUUUGUAAGUGAAGAAAACCUAGUAGAAAAUGUGACCUUCCAAAUGGGAAAGCGGCGGGCUUUUUGCUAUUGUGACUGUGAAGUGCUUGGAAAUACUGUUCACUCUGAGCGACCAUUUAGUUUUAGUUUUAUGGAGUCCAUGGCUUGUUCAGCAUCCAGAUGUGGCUACUGGCAUAUCUACUCUUCACACCAGAGUGACUGGAACUGUGGCUGUCCUGAUUAUAGGAUUUUAACUUAACUCAAAUAUCUGUUUUUUAAUAAAUGUAUUGGGGGUUUUUUUGAAAAAAAAAAAAGAAUGAGUAGCCCAAAAAUAUAAACCAGGAUAUUCUGUAUACUUUUUACGAGUCUAGUGAAUGUGUACUAAAAUAAACGAAACGUGAGUUCUUAAUGUGACAAUUGUACUUAAGCCUAACAUUUUUUCCAGUAGUGUUAGAGAAACUAUUUGAAUUUUAGAAGUAAGGGGUUUUCAAUAUUGCCGAGGACAGGGGCUUCCUCUUCAGGUUAAGUAGAUGUAUGUUUCACAGGUGCCUUACCCAAUUAUCUUGAAAGAAAAUUUAUUACAGAUUUCUGGUAAUCUUAAUUUCGACACAAAUGUUGAUGGUCUGGGAUUUGACGCUGUGUAUCAACAAUAAGGUUUUCUUACCUUAGAACUUAAGACUUAGAGUAGUAGUUUUGGAGUAGGGAAGCUCAAUCUUAAAAUAAUUAUGCAUAUACACAAUACAUAGGAUGGCAUGUAAUAUGCUCUGAAAAAUCUGAUUCUCGGUAUUCAAAAACAUUAACAGCAGCUACAUACAGUGAGAAUCACAAUAGCAUACAUAUUUCAUAGUGUGUAUUAUAUUUCAUCAUAUAUUUUCUGUAAUGUUUAAUCUUAGCUGUGAAUCUGAUUGAAUGCAGGACCCACUGAAGAGAAACACCUCUGGAGGUGUUUCACAGGACUGGCUGAUAGAAGAUCUUUUCCCAGAGUGGGCAAGCAUGUUUCUGGAGGCAGCACACCUUUAAAUAGGUCUGAAGGAAAGGAGAGCUGUUUUUCCUGACCCCCCCCCUUUAUUCCUUCUUCAAUGCCACUGCCCUGUCACUGUAGCUGCCACACUCCAUCACUGAGAUUGGUACUUCAUUUGUUCAUCCUGCCACAGUCCAUCAGUGAGAUUGGUACUCCAUUUGCUUGUCCUUUAACAUGGACUGAAGGUCAAUAUCUCACCUGGAAUCCUUCAGACUGUAAUUGCCAAGUCAUCCAGCCUCAUGGACUUCAGCUACUAGUCUUUCAUUCUGUUUAUGCAAAUACCCAUUGUGGAGCUAUUUAGAACAUAACAUGUAAAUCCAUAGA